AAUUUAAAUACUGGUCAAACCACCUUAGCAUUGAAGAUUAUUUUUCCAUGACGCAACGGGUUGUUUAUUUAAACGGCGAGUUAAUUUCAAUUAAAACUUGAUAGUAAGAAUAUUUAAAUGCGCAAGAACAGUCAGUUGACGCAGAUAUUUCGUUGAAUAUAUAUUUAAUUGUGAGUAGAAAGUCCCAUGGAGCAGUUGAGCGAACACGACAAAAGUGUUUUGGACGUGAUCUUUGAUCCGCUUCAGCUCAUGUCAUCCGGUCAAAAUUUAAACCAGCCGGAAGACCAAGUAACUGAUAAAAUAAAUGAUCAAGAGAUUGUGGAGUUGGUGAAACGAGCAAUCGAGACAGCAGAAUGUGGAGAGCUAGAUAAAGCUCUUAAUUUUUUUGAUAAAGCGAUUGCCAAAGCUCCAGAUUGUCCUUCAAUUUUAAAUGAUCGGGCUCAAGCUCUUCGACUUGCAGGCAGAGUUGAUGAGGCUUUGAAAGACUUGGAUCAAGCUGUGACAAUGAGUGGCGGCCGAGGGAAAGCCGGCACAAAGGCGCUGUGUCAGCGUGGGUUACUCCAUCGUCUCGAAGGCCGUGAAGAUGAUGCCAAAAGAGACUUUCAAGCAGCUGCCAACAAUGGAUCUGCCUUUGCGCGUAAUCAGUUAGUUAAUUUAAAUCCUUACGCUGCAAUGUGUAACGCAAUGCUCAGAGAAAUGACUUCUAAAUCAGUUAAUUUAUAAAUAAAGCAACAAUGCGUCGAUCGUUUAAAAUUUCCAUCAACAUCUAGGAAGUAUAAUAUAGGAAAAUAAAAUAAAAUAAAAUAGAUAGUAAUCUAAUGUCAUGUGUCAGAACCCCCGUAGGCCGCACGUGUUUUUGACAGCGGCAGCUGAUGCACGCAAGUUAAAAAUUAUUCUGACACAAAACUAACGGUCCCAGCUGUUGGAUCCUUCCUCAAUGUGUAUUCAGGAUUUAAAUAACUCUGUCACAGAAGGUCACACAAAAUCUAUUCAAUAAA